AUGACGCAGACGGAAGCGCGGCACACGCCGCGUCAGUUCUACAUCAAAAGUAGCGAGACGAAGGACUCCUACCCCAAGGAGAUCCGCUGCUUCUGCGGCCACCUCAUAAUUCUCUCCUUCGAGCAUGCCAAGCUGCUGAUUGGCAUCUUGACGGGGCUGAUGUUGAUAGUGUACGACAUCUACUGCAUGGCGAGACGAGAUGGGCAGUUCUUUGCCAUGUUCGUGAGCGUGCUGGACCUGGUCGUCGCAGAGAUGUGCUUGCUGGUGAUGCUCUACCGGUUCGAGGAGCUGGACAUUAUCCAGCAGCUAGAGCGCGAGGUGAAGGAGCUUGCCCGACAAAACGAGCAAGUGGAGAAGCAGCGCGAGAAGAUGACAGAGUUCUGGAGUAACGCCCAGCAGCUCACGGAACUCUGGCUGUAUCGGACCGUCCCGAGACUGGACCUCUACAAGGAAGUCCACAACCAGUUGGAGGACUCUGGCAGCGAGGACCUCUUACACCACAUGGCGGGUGCGAACCAGCAGCUCGAGGACCUGGAGCGCCAGCUGGGUGCCAUCCAGGACUGGAAGCAGGACGGCCAGAUCAGCCCCGAGACGAAGAAGGGCAUCGGCAAGGCCAUCAAUGAGAUUUCCAAGGAGAGCGAACUGGACAAGAUGCUGGAAAAGCUCGAGGAGGCCACCUCGUCCAAGAUCAAAGCCUUGGGGAACUGA